AGCCAUGGACCCCCGUACCAGUGCCCAGGACGUGAUGCGAUGUGACCUGUGUGAGACCGCUGUGGUACAGAUGCACUGUGAUACGUGUCUUGUCAACCUGUGUAAGGCCUGUGUGGGAGAACACAUCUCAACAGGGGAAUCCAAGGACCACAAAGUCGUCAAAUUUCAGGACAAAAAAUCUACGCUCCUCUAUCCUAGAUGUACAAUUCACGCAGAGAACAGUUGUGAGUUGCAUUGCAAGGAAUGCGACAUUCCGGUUUGCUCCACUUGUAUUGCCUCCAAAACACACAAAGAUCAUGACGUCCACUUACUAAAGGACAUCUUUGGCAAGAAGAAAGCAGAAAUCCAGACAGAAAUUCAUGAAUUAGAGGAAUCCAUCUAUCCAACCUAGGACAUUGCCACUGAUGUACAAAACAGAAUGAGUCAGUUAGAAAAGGAAUAUAGAGAUCUUUCAACAGCCAUAACAAAACAUGGAGAGGACUGGCACAAAGAAAUUGACAAACUUGUCAAGAAACUUAAAGCUGAAAUUGAUGAGA